CACGAACCAUGUUUCGGAUCCUGACGCUCUGUUGUGUCCUGACGUUAAUGUUGGUUGAAGCUAAUAGAGACUUAUUAGAAGCUAAGAAACGUUUAGAUGCUGCCAACAAUCGAAUAACUGGAGAAUUUCUAUAUCAAGGAGCAAAAAGAAACCCUGGUGAAAUCUAUACGUCUGCACUAUAUCCUAUUUUGGUAGCCGCGGGACAGCUCGCAUUAUUCUGCAAGGAGACAACGUGUGAUCAUCUACUUAAGUUCCUAAAUUUGAAAGACAAAGCAGAGAUUCUCGCGCUUUUUCCUACAAUAAGGAGGAUAUUUUUCGACGAACCCCUAAUCGGUUUGCCGUCACUGAAUUUAAAUGUCUACGCUGAUAAGGACAACAAGUUCUGUAAGGCGUUCACUCAAUCCUACUACAAGACCUUCGGGGGUAAGACCAGGCUUGUGGACUACAGUGACCCGGUGGGAGCGGCUAAAGAGAUUAAUAAUGAGGUAAAAGAGGAAGGCUCAGGAAGAUUCAAGAGUUUAAUUUCUAGUAAGAUGAUAAAGGAAGGAGCCGGUCUCAAUUUCGUAAGCACCUACGAGCAGACUAUCAUAUACGACGAUCAAUUUAUAUUCAAGAAAAACGUAACGAUAAAAUUCAAAUCCGGCCGCAAGGUGACCAACGUCCCGGGAAUCGCCGGGGAAGGUAUCGUGAAAUAUGCCGACCUAAAAGAUUUUGACGCCAAGAGCUAUGAACUGGUUGGCGAACGUGGAUUAUGUUCAUAUCUCAUACUUGUUCCGAACAAACCAGAUGGACUUCUUGGAUUAUUGGACAAAUUACGUAGUCCUACAGCUUUUGGAGAAAUUCUUGAACGCGGAGAAGAAGUUUGUGCAAAAAUAUCGAUCUUAUACAGAGACUUAAUCGCUAAGGUUGAUUUAGGAAAAUCUGCCCGAGAGUCAAAUUACUUGGAGGGUGCUUUCCAAGAGGGAGGUCUCCAGCUUCGGGGUGUAAGUCAAAAUUGCAACAAUACAUACAUCUCCUCGGUUCUACACGAGGUUUCCUUGAAAUCAAGGUUUAGUAAUGGAUACAAAGCUAGUAAAUGUUCCAAAUUCGACGUGGAGCUCGUUACCAACCGUCCUCACUUGUACUUCGUGACGUAUACUAAGAAGGUUAGCCCGAUCCGCACGCCCGUAGUAGGGGUGGUCGUCGACCUAACUACCAACUAACUAUUUUAAUUGACGUCGCCGUGUUAAAGAUUGAAUAAAUAAUUAUGUUU